AUGAGUAUCAUCACUUGGAACUGUCGUGGGCUUGGGAACCCGUCGACGGUUCAGACGCAUUCAUCUCUCUCAAUCCUGAAGAGGCAGAAUGGCGCUUUACAAGUUUUUAUGGCUGUCCUGAUCGAAAUCGUCGCCAUGAAUCUUGGUCUCUCCAUAAGCAUCUUUCCAGCUCUAGCAUCCUCCCCUGGGCGGUCAUGGAUCCCACAACCAGUUUUACCUAAUCCCAGAGCCUGCUUCCAUUUUGAAAGCCUCUGGCUACGUGAAGCCCACUAUCGCAAUAUCAUGGUUGAAUGCUGGUCCAGAACUUCAGGGCAAAGUCUCAUGGAUUGGGUGGGGAGUUGCAGUAAGGCAAUAUGGAUAUGGGGGAAGCAUUUCACACGCAAUUUUCAUAGGCGCCUUGAUUUUUGGCGUAAACGCAUGGAGGCAACUAAACACAGGCAUGAUCAUUAUGGUGUAUUUCUCUUUAAAGAAGCCCAAACAGAAUAUCUCCGGGUUCUUCAACAUCAAAGUGAUUAUUGGCGCCAACGGGCAAAACAAUUCUGGCUCAAAGACGGUGACACUAACUCCAGUUUCUUCCACCGGUCAGUGCAACGCAGACAACAAACCAACCGCAUUACUCAGCUUAAGGAUAACAAUGGCGCUUGGGUAGAACGAGGUAUUCAACUUGACUCACUCAUAACCUCAUAUUUUCAUGAUCUUUUCUGCCCUUCAAUGAGUAAUUGCGAUUCUGUGCUAAACUGUAUUGAUCCUAUAAUCUCUGAUGUCCAAAAUGCUGCUAUGGGUAGAGGGGUUUCAAUUCAGGAAGUAAAACUAGCUUUAUUUGACAUGAAAGCCGAUAAAUCCCCCGGUCCCGAUGGUUUGAACCUGGGUUUCUACCAACACUUUUGGGAUAUCCUUAGUCAUGAUAUUCACACUUUCUGUUCUGAUUUCUUCCUCACUGGUUAG